UCCCCUCUUUCACAUUCACACCAACAGUGGCCUAUCAGAGAGGGGGUGAAAGUGUGAGCAGUGGAGCAAGACCAGGUUUACUAAACAUCGGAGAUUCAAACCAGCCCUGGUUAGCGGAUACCUGGCCCAACACAGGAACCAAUCACAAUGACUGUAGCAUCAACUGCUGCUCCUCGACCAAUGCCAACAGUGAUAGCAACCUUACAACCUACAGCCGGCCAGCUGAUUGCAUCGCCAACUAUAACAACCAGCUGGAGAAUAAACAGACCAACCUGAUGCUGCCUGAGUCAGCCGUCUAUGGAGACAUGGACCUGAGCAACAAGAUCAACGAGAUGAAGACCUUCAACAGCCCCAAUCUGAAGGAGGGUCGCUGCCUGAACCAAACAGCACAGCCCACUCCCUAUGCCACCACCCAGCUUAUCCAGACCACGCUGGGCAACAACAUGAACAGUAGUGGAAUUGAACUGAAUGACAAGCACUGGAAACCGUCACUGCAGACCAAACAGGAGAUAUCCCCCAUGCAGUACAACAUCAUGGAGCAAAAUAAACUCAACAAAGAUAAUCGACUAGCCGAAACGAACAGCAUUCCCACAAUCCCGUACAACCAGGCAAGUGAGCAUGGGACAAGUGGAUCCUACAACAGUUCAGAUCGAGGCAGCAACACAUCAG